AUGUCAUCUCGGACCAGGUCUCUAGUUGAUCACCUUCGUUCCAGGACUCAACAAUGGCAAACCCCAGAAGGCCUUCGCUCACGACCUGUUAGUUGGCAUCCCAACUCCUUCGACGGCCUCAAUACCCCCGUCAACCCGUCUGUUAAUGGACAGGAUUUGUCGGCCUGGAAUUUCUCCACCGCCCAAGUCAAUGGCCUUGUCACUCCUAUAUCUUAUCCCGUGAUGAAUGAACCUCAGAUUCAAGAACUCAUCACCCCCCUCGACGAGCUUCCCGGCCAGGACAUGACCUUUGCACGCGAAAGUCACCGCCACGACGAACGGACCUGGCUGGACCAGGGUCAACCCAGGGUGGACUCAUCAUAUCCUUUCAAUAUGUUUUAUCAACAACCUUUCGUUCAACCUUCCUGGCAAUUCGCCCCUCGGCACAUAACGACGAAUGUUCAAACGGCACCGGCUUCCCCAGAUUGUGUACCGGUACAGAACAUCGGUUUCGACACGCUGCGCCUCGACAACGAUGACCUCAGCCCCAAAGAAGAUGACUCUGAAGAAUUAGUGGGUAUGGGUCUAUACGAUUCGCCGGCUGAAGUUCAAUCGUCUUCACUAUUGUUCGGUGGCAUUUCUCAGCAGGGAAGGAAGUCCUUGAAACUCGAGGAGUCUUUCGAGCCCGUGGGACGUGAAGAGGACGCGGACGACGAGGAUGACGCGCCGGAGCAAGAAAAUGUGGAGGACGACAAUGUCUCCGGGGUGCCAGUGGAUUCCUCGGGCAACGUCGAUUAUGGCCCUCAAUCUAUUGCCAGCCAUUUAAUGCAGCCGGAGGCGGAUUCGAUUGCUUCCAAAUACCUGGCUACUCUGAGGCAACUGAACAGUGCAUAUUAUCCUGCGGGAUACCCUGAUUACGACUGGAUUUAA